GCUGCUGCUAUGGUUGUAUUACAGUAAAACAUGGUUUUCAUGGUGGAAGCAGCCUGUUGAUAACUGUGAUUUUUAUGCUCAUUGCAGCCCCUUUGGGUCUUGUCAUAAAAAUGAAAGCCUCACCCUCUGAUCACCGUGCAAGUGUUUAGCAGGUUUCAGACCCAAAUUUCCAAAUCAAUGGGCUUUGGGGGACUGGUCAGGUGGUUGUGUUAAGGAAAAGCCAAUAACAUGUGAUACUCAAACAGGGAACUAUGCAAAGUUUGAAAGGUUGAAACUACCAGAUCAUUCUGUCCUGUUGUCUAACAGGAGUAUCAGUGACUGAAUCUCAAUGUAAUCAGAAUUGUUCUUGCACGGCUUACGCUCAUGUUAAUUCGACCGAGGUAAGUAGUUCUGGAAAAUGCUUAUCAUGGUUUGGUAACUUAUUGGAUGUUGUAGAGAAUCAAACUCUUGUCCCAACUCUUUAUCUUCGCAUUCAUAGCCUAGAGCAAGGUAUGCUUGAUUUAAAGCACGUCACAUAGAGUCAUAAAUUUGUUGGUAAACUGGAUUGUUUUCUUUCAUCUGCAGGUCUUAAUGGUUCACAUGGUAAUUCCUUAAGGAAGUCUCUUAUAAUCGCAGUAGUCUCAGUAAUAGCAGGGUUGGUCAGUGACUUUUGGUUAUCUCGUCUGGAAGAAAACUUGGGGUAAGGGAAGGUAAGUCUAUCACUCUCUAUGUGACAUACACAUUUUAGCAAAUAAACAUGGCUUGUGGUAGUCCAACCAUAAUAAAAAUAAAUGCUCUAAUCAUAAAAAUGAUGCAGGAAUAGUAGUGAGACUAUCAGGAGUGGUAACGCUGGGGGUGGACAGAAUGAUAUAGAACUUCCACUGUUUAGUUUAAACAGUAUAUUAGCUGCUACAAACUACUUUGCUGAAUCUAAUAAGCUUGGAGAGGGAGGAUUUGGCCCUGUUUAUAAGGUGAAACAUCCCACUACUAAGUAGUUAUAAGUCCUAACAUCUACCUCUUUUUAACCAGUUGUUAAUUAUUAAGCUGCCUUGAUUUUCUUCUACUGCUGGGUAUCUUUCCAGUGAAUGAAGAAGUAGCCAUGAAAAGGCUAUCAAAUAAGUCAGGACAAGGACACCAAGAAUUCAUGAAUGAGUUACAGCUUAUAGCCAAACUCCAGCAUACUAAUCUUGUUAGGCUCUUGGGUUGCUGUGUUGAAGAGGAGGAAAUGAUACUGAUUUAUGAGUACAUGCCGAAUCAAAGUUUGGACAAAUUUUUUGUUUGAUCCUGCUGAAAGUUCAAAACUGGAUCGGAGUAGAUGAUUUCGAAUUAUAGAAGGUAUUGCUCAAGGAGUCCUUUAUCUCCACAAGUACUCCAGAUUGAAAAUUAUUCACAGGGAUCUGAAAGCAAGUAAGGUUCUACUGGAUGAAUCAAUGAACCCUAAAAUAUCAGACUUUGGAAUGGCGAAGAUUUUCGAAAUAAUUCAAACUGAAGCAAAUACUAACAGGGUGAUUGGGACAUAUGGCUACAUGUCACCAGAGUAUGCUCUUUAUGGUCAUUUUUCUGAGAAAUCAGAUGUUUUUAGCUUUGGAGUGUUGCUAUUGGAGAAUUUUUCUGGAAAGAAAAACUCUUCUUUUUAUAUCGUUUCGAACAUUUACUAACGCUUUCUGGAUGGGCAUGGGAACUAUGGAAAGAAGGCAGAGGAACUGACGUGAUAGGUGCAACAAUUUGGGAAACAUGCCAGACCCAUGAAGCUUUGAGGUGUAUAAAUGUGGGGCUUUUGUAUGUUCAGGAAUCUCCAGCUGAUCGACCAACAAUGUCAUCUGUAAUUCAUAUGCUACAGAGAAACGAAGCUACCUCCUCUUUUCAACCUCUUAAAGAACCAGGUUUUCGGCACAUACGUAUUCUAAUCCUCUCGACUCUUCUCCAACAUCCACAAGGCUUUCCAAUAAUGCAAUCACUAUCACUUACGUAGAUAAAGGUUCAAUAAUGUUUGCAUUAGAACUGUGAGCAGUGCUCAUUAUUCAAAAUGAACUCGACAGUCUAUUGGUGAAAUCAAAUUAUUCUAUAUACACUGAGAGAACAAGUUGGUGCAAAUGCCGAAGAGAAAAUUCAAAAGCCGAAGCAGAUAGGAAGAACUCAAGAAAGCUACUGGUAGACUUGACUUGUGGCCUUGAGCUUUUUAAUCCAGCUUUGUUUGGGAAUUUUCUCCGCAGCCAAUCAAUGGAUACCAAGAGCAACCCAACUACGUUGAUGCUUCCCCUUUUCUUCUUGUGCCUAUAUCUCAAUACUUCUGUCUCCUUUGCAGCUGACUCCAUCACUACAAGCCAGUCUCUCUGGUGAUCAAACUAUUGUUUCAGCUGGUGGAAAAUUUGAGCUGGGUUUCUUCAAACCAGGUGAUAUUUCAAAAUUCUACAUUGGCAUGUGGUACAAGAAAAUAUCACAGAAAACCAUAGUCUGGGUGGCAAAUAGGGAACAACCUGUCUUUGAUAGAUUUUUUUCAGAGUUGAGAAUCUCAGAUGGUAAAUUAUAAAUCUUUCUUCUGCGUAAUCGUGGAUAUUUUGGUUUACCCGGUCAAUGGAAAUGGGGUCCCGUGCAACUUUGAAUGAUCGUCCAAGAGAAUAUCAAUUUUGAUUCAACGACAAUGAUUGCACGACUUAAACGACACGGCUUGGCUCCUCCAGGCCUCCAGGAGUCCAUGACUUCAUAUACAUUUUCAAUUUCCAAGAAAAAAAUUAGAGUGACGCAAAUUCCUAACUACGGUGGACUUGCGGAGGAGCCAAAGCCUGUCUUCAGAUUUGCUGCAAGUCUGCAACCAUGGGUACCAAAUCCAACCCAAAAUCCAUGGUUUUGGUUCUUCUCUUGUGCCUAUAUCGAAGUACCUGUAUUUCCCUUGCAGCUAAUACCAUCACUACAAAUCAAUAUAUAUCUGGUGAUCAAACCAUUGUAUCUGCUGCUGGAAAUUAUGAACUGGGUUUCUUUACACCAGAUAGCUUCUCGAACUACUACAUAGGCAUAUGGUACUACAAGGAAGUAGAUACUGAGAAAACCAUUGUCUGGGUGGCAAAUAGGGAGGGGCCAGUUUCUGAUAGAUUUGCCUCAGUGUUGAAGAUCUCGAAUGGUAAUUUGGUUCUCUUUAAUGAGAACCAUAGUUCAGUUUGGUCAGCAAAAGUGACUUCUACAGCCUCCACCAGCUCAGGUACUUCUAUACACGCUGUUCUUUUAGAUAAUGGAAACCUCGUUUUAAGAGCUGAGCCAGACUCCUCCCAGCUUUUAUGGCAAAGUUUUGAUCAUUACUCCCAGACUUCUCUACCAAGACGUACAUUUGGACUCAACAACACUAUUGCCAAACAAACCCCGACUCUCACUUCACGGAAAAAUUCAAGAAGAAUCAGUCUGCAAUGUGGGAGUACCAACAAGUUUCGUCGCAUGCCUAGCAUGUCACUGCCUGAUAAUGCAGAGUCCAUCGAUGCUGCAAGUAGUGCGCGAUGUGAGUCCGUCUGCUUAUAUAACUGCUCUUGCUCUGCUUAUGCUUAUGCCAACGAUGGAUGUUCAAUUUGGAGUGGAGAACUCUUAAAUCUGCAACAACUCACAGACGGUGGAAUAACUUUGUACCUCAGGCUUGCAGCUUCCGAGUUUACUCCCAAUAGUGUUACUGGUGGUAAACGAUCCCUAGUAAUUGCAUUACUCUCAGCAACAGCAGCAUUGCUUAUAAUACUAAUUGGUUAUUUCUUAUGGAAGAAAACCUUUGGAAUUAGAAGGAAGUGUGGAGAGACUAUAACUAAUGUUAACAUUGGUGGAGAUAAUGACAUUGAACUCCCACUCUUUGCUUUAAGGAGCAUAUUAGCAGCUACAAACAAUUUUUCUGAAGCUAAUAAACUCGGAGAGGGAGGAUUCGGCCCUGUGUAUAAGGGAAAUUUAACUGAAAACAUAGAAGUAGCCAUCAAAAGACUGUCGAAGAAGUCCGGGCAAGGACUUCAGGAAUUCAUGAAUGAGGUGAAGGUUAUAGUCAAGCUACAACACACCAAUCUUGUUAGGCUCCUGGGUUGUUGUAUAGAGGACAGGGAAAUGAUAUUAAUCUAUGAGUACAUGCGUAAUCGGAGUUUGGACACAUAUUUGUUUGAUCCAUCUGAAAAGUCGAAACUUGAUUGGAGUAGACGUUUUCAAAUUAUAGAAGGUGUUGCUCAGGGACUGCUUUAUAUCCACAAGUACUCCAGGUUGAAAAUCAUUCACAGAGAUUUAAAAGCAAGUAAUGUUCUGUUGGACGAAGAACUGAACCCCAAAAUCUCAGACUUUGGAAUGGCAAAGAUUAUUGAGAUAAAUCAGGCAGAAGCAAAUACCAACAGGGUUGCUGGGACAUAUGGGUACAUGUCACCGGAGUAUGCGCGUUAUGGUCAUUUCUCCGUGAAAUUGGAUGUAUUCAGCUUUGGAGUUUUGUUGUUAGAGAUUUUAAGUGGAAAGAGGAAUGCUUCUUUUUACAAUAAUGAGCAAUCAGUAGUAACGCUUGCUGGCUGGGCAUGGCAAUUGUGGAACGAGGGAAGAGGAAUGGAGGUGAUUGAUUCAUCAGUAAGGGAAACAUGCGAGCCUCAUGAAGCUUUACGGUGUAUACAUGUAGGCUUCUUGUGUGUUCAAGAAGCUCCAAUUGAUCGGCCAACAAUGUCUUCUGUAAUUGAUAUGCUGCAGGGCGGUGAAGCGACAUCCCUUCCACCAUCCAAACCUCCUGCUUUUGUGUCAAAUAGGAAGUCUGAUGUUGUUUCUUCUUCUCAAACACAUAUUAUAUAUUCCAAUAAUCAAAUCACUAUUAGUAUCCCAGAAGGUCGAUAGAGCCAGAAACUUCUGUUUAUAGUUUUAUACUCGCUAGUCAUUGAAAUAACGUUUAUUUUUUUGGGGAAUGAAUGUUUGUUUAAACUAUUUGUUUGGAUUGUAAAUUACCUGAUGUCAUAUCUAGGGUUUUUAUUUUCCUCAAAGUUGAAUAACUUUCUGUUUAAUA